AUGCGAAAGGAUGCUCAAGUAUGGAUAGAAGCAAUAAAGUCAGAAUUGACUAGUCUUAGAAUCAAUGGCACUUUUGAAAUUAUACAGGGUGAGGUUCAAAAAGGUAUGAAACUACUUAGUUCGAGAUGGAUCCUAUGGAACAAACUUGAUUGUCUUGGACGCUUGGCUAGGCGAAAAGCGAGGCUGGUUAUCAAAGGAUAUAUACAACGCUUUGGCAUAGACUUUGGAGAAAUCUUUGCAGGAGUUAACAGGAAUUCCACAUUACAUACUCUUCUUGUGAAAGCUACGGCUGAAGAUCUUGAAAUCGAUAAUAUAGAUAUCGAUACCGCUUUUCUGAAUGAAGAGCUCAUUGAUGCUGAAAUAUUAAUAAAGAUUCUACAAUACUUUGAAGAGGCUUUUCCAGAGAUUAAGGAGAUGCUUAAGAAAGACCCUCAGAAAACCAGAGUUUAUUUGAAACUCAAGAAAUCACUUUACGGGUUAAAACAAGCUCUAUGCGUUUGGUGGCUGGCUGUAAAGAAGUUCUAUAAAGAAUUGGGAUUAGUCGCGUCUUCGGCGGAUCCAAAUCUUUUUAUUGGAUAA